GCUCGCGCGCGGAAGCCAUGUUUGUAGGCGUGUUUGUAUGUAUUUGAUAGCGUAUUUCCUUUCUAUCUGCUGUAGUUCUGUGCGCAUAGAGUCGGACAUUACUGUAACGUUAAUCAUCAGCCGAACAUCGUUGGCAGGCAGCGACUGCUCGUUUACGGAAGCGCGCUCUCUCUUUCUCGUGCUGAGCCGGACGUCUGCUUUAAUUUGAAGGGCACGGGAUAAAGGCACAGGACACAGGCGCGCGCGUGCUGCUGCAGUCUGUGUCUUUAAACGCAGGAGGAGACAUUUGUGUGUUUGUGAGAUGUAGCCUGCCUGGCAAGACUGUCGCCAGCAUCGCUCCAAACCCACCUGCUCCUGGUCCCUGUCAUUUCCCCGCUGAGGAAGGAAGGGAGGGGUUGGGAUGCCGAUGGUUUCAUCUGGUCAGGCGUCUGGAAAAGAAAGUUCCGCGUGCUUUGGUUAACCUUUCGCUUCUUCUUCUUGUAAAUUCACAUCUUUCACCGAGCCUGCAUCUGGUUUACUCAAGAUCCACCAGCUCUUAAAAACCCUCAACACAGAAGAACCAUAACAGAAAUCUUAAGAAAUGGACCAAGAUAAUCCGUGCCAAAGUCAGACACAAGAAGACAACCCAAAUGGUGCAGCAGAAGCUUUAACAACAGCUCCAGCCACUGAUUCUACUGCUGCCCAGCCUGGAGGUCCUGCCAGGCCUCGACGGCCCCAGAGAAGUGCCAGAGUAGAAGGCUCUGUAGACAUCUCUGAACCCAAAGCAGAGCCCGAAGAUGAGCCCACUCCAGUGGCUAACCAGGACGUGGCAAUUCAUCCCAAACCCUCUCGAGCUGCAGCAGCCAAACCCUUUGGAGAGCGCACCGGGCCCAGCAUUAAGGCUGGUCCUAAAGGUCCAGGUCACCACCCGGUUAGGGCUGCCUCAGUCCCCCACCCACCUGUGCCUCCUCACCUGAUCCCUCAUGCACAGAGAGCCCUCUCUGUAGCAGGUACAGCUGACACUCAGGCCCAGACUGUGGAAGACUUCAGGGUGCACAUCAUCACUUGGAACGUGGGUUCGGCCAUGCCACCUGAUGACAUCACUUCCUUGCUGGGGCUGAACGUGGGGGAUGGAAACACAGACAUGUACAUUAUUGGGCUGCAGGAAGUGAACUCUAUGAUUAACAAAAGGCUGAAAGAUGUCCUCUUCACAGACCAGUGGAGCGAGGUCUGCAUGGAGAGACUCAGCCCCUUUGGUUAUGUGCUGGUGACUUCACAGCGGAUGCAGGGGUUGUUACUGCUGGUCUUUGCCAAAUACUUCCAUCUGCCCUUCCUGCGCGGAGUCCAGACUGAGACCACCCGCACUGGCCUAGGGGGUUACUGGGGGAAUAAAGGUGGUGUGAGCGCCCGCAUGUCAGUGUUCGGCCACACCAUCUGCUUCCUCAACUGCCACCUGCCGGCUCACAUGGAAAACUCAGAUCAGCGCAUGGAGGACUUUGAGAGCAUCCUGCAGCAGCAGCAGUUUGAGGGUCAGGCUGCCACUGGGGUUCUUGACCAUGAUGUUGUGUUCUGGUUUGGGGAUCUCAAUUUCCGCAUUAAUGACCUGGAAAUGCAAGUGGUAAAAUCAGCCAUCGAUAACAACAAGUUUCCGAUGUUGUGGGAAAAGGACCAGCUCAAUAUGGCCAAAGACAGUGAGACAGUGUUGGAGGGUUUCCAAGAAGGACCGCUGAAAUUCCCUCCCACCUACAAGUUUGACAUUGGAACAAAUACAUACGACACAAGCGGGAAGAAGCGUAAACCAGCUUGGACCGACCGUAUCCUGUGGCGCCUGAGAGCCACCGCACCUACUGGUGCUGGGAAGCGUGGCUCCAUCUCUGGGCUGACCAAUGGGACCAAAGUAACACAGCACUGCUACCGAAGUCAAAUGGAAUACACUGUCAGUGACCAUAAACCAGUCUCCUCCAUAUUUACCCUGCAGUUCCCGUACAAAGUGGAUAUUCCCCUGGUCACACUCAUAGUGGAGGAUGAGUGGAACAGUAUUGCUGAUGCGACAGCAAAAUUCAAACUGGCGCCCAACUUCUCUCGCAGCUCCUGGGACUGGAUCGGACUGUACAGGGUGGGUUUCAAACACCAUAAGGACUAUGUGGGAUAUGUGUGGGCCAAGCAAGAGGAAGCUGAUUUUCAUCGACAAGAACAUCAGGUAACCUUUACCGAGGAGGAAUUGCCCAAAGGCUCAGGGGACUUCAUCUUGGGUUACUAUAGCAACAACAUGAGCACCAUUGUGGGAGUAACGGAGCCAUUUCAGAUUCAGCUUCCCACUUCAGAUCUUGACAACAGCUCUUCAGACAGCUCUGACUUCAGCUCAGAAGAUGACAGCACUGUUGUCCUCAUGAAGACAAGGUCCCGCAGUCCCAGUCCACGCAAGAGCAAGCACCGCAGCCAUCGCAGUGGCAGCCACAGCCGCAGUCACAGCCGUAGUCACAGCCGCUGUCGCUCUGGCAGCCCUGUAUAUAGAAAAAUGAAAGAGCCCAACAUCACUGAAGAUUCUCCAUCAAGCGCCACAACAGCCGAGAGUGAGUCCAAAGGAUGUCCAGCAGAGGGCAGCAGCAGCCAGGUGUCUGCUCCUGGGGAGAAAGAAAAGGACAUAGGGGAUUCAGGGCUGUGAUGCACUGAAUCCUGCUGUUGUCAAAGGUCACAUAGCCAACUGUUGUGUCUUUUAUUAAAUACAUCCACUACACUGUAUGUUUUCUGUAAUGAAAACAUACAGUUUCUGAUGCCAUCCUUUUCAGGAAAAGCCAACUGGUUUGUCCAGGGGGCUUACUUUGCCUUGAGUUGUUCUCUAAAGCUGUGCACAUUGUAUAUUUUUUAUUUGUUAACCUUUCACUCUGUCCUAUGUUUCUUCUAUCUUUGUCCCUUCUCAGGUUUGGACAGUACAGGGAACUGACACCUUGGAUUAGGAAAUACUCAAGGAUUUAUGGUCAUAUAGAGUAAAGGAGUGGUUACUUAAUACGUUUUGGAAACAUCUUCCCCAUAUUCCGACAGUGGUUUGAACCUCUGUACUGACGUUCCAUGCAGUCAUGUCAGCAGACUGCAUACAAGCGCUUUUAAGAUGAGAAGUAUGACAGACUCUUUUUCACAAGUCACUCUGUUUGCUUUAGUUGUGGAGCAUGUAUCUAUUAUGAAACAAAUCUGCUCAGACCAAGAGGUGGUAGUGAAAAAUGCAUUGUUUUCCAAAACAUCCUAUCACCAGCUCAGCACCUAUCAACAGUCACUCAUAUGAUUAGUUUCUGCAAAUCUGCAAAUGGAGAUAGCAAUGCUAUUGUAGUUCUACUCUUGACAUUUCCAAUGAUCCACCAAUGGGUAUAAAGUCCCUCUAGGGUGCUUAAAAACAGAGUAGAACCAAAGUAAGUAGAGACUGGGGUUUGGGGGGGGGGGUCUCGGCAACUAUCCACAGCAGCAGCAUAGCACAUGUCAGCGUAGAGAGUGAAUGUGAGCGUAAAGGUCUUUAAAUAGACAUCAAAUCAGUGCAGUGGGAUGUGGUGGGUGUGUGAGCCUCGUUGUUAGCUGACAUGGCAUUUCUGUCUUGCUAGAAGUAGUUCAUUAAUUGUUGGCCAUUAACUCUGUACAACUACAGCAAUAUCUGACCCAGGUAACGUGUGCAGUAUAUUGCUUUGACAAGCACAUACCUUUCUGUGAGAUAAUGGGCCUUAUCUAACUUUUCACAGGAGCAAAGUUAUUUUUCGAAUAAUUUACCCAGAAAAUAAAAUUCAUAUUACACCAAUUACUUUUUAUUCAUUUUUUAAUCCAUAGUAAAACUUUUUUUUUUUAUCAUGUAAGUAAGUAAAACUCUGAUAUCUCUGACAAAUCUGAGCAGGAAUUCUACUAUGAAGAGCAACAGUUUUUCAUUAUACCCUAAGUAGUAUAAUACAAAGCUGACAUGUUCCACUGAAAUAUCACAAUGCAAAUGUGAUAUUUCAGAUAAAUCAAAUGAUCCUAUCUAAUGCAUUAUUCUUUGUAUGAUUUUUUUCAGUUCAUCAUUCCUGUCUUUGUUUUUGCGUUUCUCUUGCUCAGAUCCUUACUUACUGAUCCUGGUGGUUAGCUGACAGUGAAAAUAGUCGUGUUGCAUUGUUACCGUGUGACCUCUGAUGCACCAUGUUAGACACUUUGUACUUUUGGGCUGUUAGCGUAGGACAGUAUAUACUGUUGUAGCUGUAACCUCAGUAUGUAUGUCUGUUAUCAGUGUGUGUGUGUGUGUGCGUGUGUGUGUGUGCGUGUGUGUGUGUGUGUGUGCGUUUGCGUUUGCAUGGUUUUCUGCUAGACAUAAUGUACAUUCCGGUACUGUGAUUUCUUGUGCCGUAAAGUGCUGUUUUUGACUCCUCUUUGUGAUAAAUGUAGCUGUGAAAAUUGUUAGAAAAACAUGGUGAGGACAGUAUAAAAAUUUUACUUCAGUGUAAAUGUUAGGUGAAGAAAUGCAAGACAGUUAUACUUGCAUAAAUCUAAAAAUCAGUUUGAAUCAUUUCAUAGUGCAUCCAUGUAUUUCCUUGAGUUUGAAAUGAAAAAUCUAUUGGACCUUUGUGUAGAAUAACAUGAUUAAGACUGUGUCCUACUUUAGGUAAUUUAGUAUCAUCAGUUCUGCAGUCAUGACCAGUGACUAUCUAUAGUGAAAUGUUAAUGAAAAAAAUGCUCUGUCUGACAGAAUGUUAUUGUUUUUUAAUUAUGUGGCUGAAGUAGAAGAGAUAUGUAUGUUGAGGACAGAUAUUAAUUAUGGUAGAAAACACAAAGUAGGAGACAAUCUAUGCCACAAAGAUUUACUUAAAUUAUGUAUUUAUUUUCUUAUUUAACUGUUAAAUGAGCCUGAAUUCUGCUGGCCAGUGAGGGAGCAUUAUUUCAAUGGAAAUGUCAAAUUGAAAUAAUACUGAUAAUUAUUUUCUUUUUCUAUUAGGAGCUAUGAAGAGAGAGUCUGAUUUCUACAGUUUCCAUUUUAGCAAGUUCAGAUCAAAUGUCGCUUUUAUUGUCAGAAAUGUAGAUUGUUUAGUCUACAGGUCUUUGUAUAAUUGUGAAUGAAAUUGACAAAAAAUAUAUAGCAAGUCUAUGAGAUAUGGAUUGUUGGCAUAUGAGAAUGGUUUAUCUGAAAUUGUCUAAUCAGUGAGGCGAGAAGAUUUUUUAAGGUUUGCUUGCUUUGUUCUCCAACCCAAAAACUACUGCAACACUGUCCAAAGAAAUAAUAUAUUCCCCUUCAAAUUGUG